AUGACGGAGAUACUAGAGGAAUACACGGCGUUGCUGGCGAGAGUGUUAAUGAAGAAACAAAGAGAAGAGUACGGAAACAAAACAGUUACCAUCAUUCCAACCACAACACAACGUCUUCUUCUUCUCCAACCUUUCGUUAUUGUCUCAAUGUUCCGCAUAAGCAACACUGUGGUGGGCGCCCUGAACGUGCUCUCGCUCCUGAUGGGCGUGGCCGCCGUGGGAGGCGCGGCGUACAUCCUGGUGCGCGGCGGCAGCGAGUGCCAGAAGGUGGUGCAGUACCCGCUGCUGAUGGGCGGCGUGUUCGUGGUGGUGGUGUCGGCGCUGGGAAUCGCGGGGUCCCUGUGGCGCGUGAACGUGGCGCUCUACGCCUACCUCUUGGUGACGUUCCUUCUCAUCGUGGGGCUGGCGUUCUUCACUGUCUUCGCGCUCUUCGUCACCAACCGCAAGGUGGCCCAGCAGAUCUCCGGCAAGGGCUACGGCGAGUACAGGGUGGCCGAUUUCUCCCACUGGCUCCAGCGCUACGUCGUCAACAACAGGAACUGGGACGAGGUGAAGAGUUGCUUGGUCGACGCACACGUCUGUCAGAACCUCGCCCUCAACGGUGGCCGCAACAACGACUCUCUCAUCUUCAAACACUUAUCCACCACCCAGUCUGGGUGCUGUAAGCCACCGGUGUAUUGUGGAUUCAUAAUGAAGAAUGGUACGUUCUGGGAGGUGCCGAAGACGGGUCAUGUUGCGAAUAAUUCUGACUGCGGCACUUGGAGUAAUAAGCAGGAGAAACUGUGCUACGAUUGUAAUUCAUGCAAAGGUGGAGUUCUGGCCAACAUAAGGAACCAGUGGAGACGUCUCACCAUAUUCAACGCAUGUGUGCUUGCGCUCGUCACUGCCAUUUACGCUUUGGGUUGCUACGCCAUCAGGAACAACAGAUCGGACUCGCGCUGCAAUAGCCGCAAACCCUGCCCUUGAUACCAUGCAUUCAAUACUAGCUUAGUUUCUCUUGAUCAAUGUCUGUGUAGCUUAAUUUUAAUUAUGUUUCAACUUUGCUCAUCUUUUCGCUUCUUUCCUGUGUACUGUGGUUGUGUCAUGUGUGCUUUUGUAUAUAUGUUGGA